AUUAAGUUGUAGCUUAGUUACCACCAACCCCGCUUUUGUCCUUCCGCAUGAUCGCAAAACCUUAUUUUCACUCUAAUUUAUAUCUUAAAUAAAAAUUGGCAAAAGAUCAACAACCCAUUUAGCUGUGUCCCUCAAACUUUGAAAUUUCUUUCUAUUAUCCAAAUAAAUUCAAUUUAUUAAAACAAGUGGAUAACACUUCUAUAUAAAUGGGGUUAAGUCUUCUUCAUUUUACACAAUCCAGUACUCACUAGUCUCUAGCUAACAAUGUCAUCUCUAGUAGUUAAACAACUCUUCAAAUCCCUCUUCUCAUUCUUCUUAUUAGUUUUACUCUUCUCCGAUACCGUCCUAUCGUUCCGAAAAACACUUGAUCCGAAAAAACCCUGCAAACACUUCUCGUUCUAUUUCCAUGACAUCCUCUACGAUGGCGACAAUGUAGCAAACGCAACCUCCGCCGCCAUCGUGAGCCCUCCUGGACUAGGAAACUUCAAGUUUGGUAAGUUUGUAAUUUUCGAUGACCCCAUAACAACGGACAAGAACUAUCUCUCAAAACCCCUGGCUCGGGCACAAGGCUUCUAUUUCUAUGACAUGAAGAUGGACUUCAAUGCGUGGUUUUGCUACACGUUGGUGUUUAACUCAUCGGAAUACAAGGGGACAUUGAACAUAAUGGGUGCUGAUUUGAUGAUGGAGCCAACAAGAGAUCUAUCGGUCGUCGGUGGGACUGGUGACUUCUUCAUGGCUCGUGGGAUCGCUACCUUUGUGACGGAUAUAUUUCAAGGGGCUAAGUAUUUCCGAGUUAAAAUGGAUAUUAAGCUCUAUGAAUGUUACUAGAUAAUAAUAUGUUUUGUUUGAAAAUUGGAUGUUGACACAGAGAUAAUGUGUUACUAAUAAUAAGUGUUUUUGUUUUUUGACCUUUCUAUUUGGUGUUGUCUUUUUGUUUAUCUAUAAUUAUGUGAUUUAUUUCAAGGGGAUAAGUAUUUCCGAAUUAAGAUGGUGUUGUCAAUAUGAUAAAAGAUUUCUCCC